CGAAGGCAUCCAUACAUUCAAUCACGAAAGAUAAAAAGAGGAGUAAGUUAUUACAUCAGGGCCGGAGCCGACAGGUGCUAAAUGUUUGUUACGAAAGCAGAUUUUUUUUUGUUUAAGUACAAUUAUGGGUUAUCUACAGCUCCGACAGCGCCCCCUUCAACAGCUUUUGAAGUGACCUCUCCGCCAGCAUCCUCCUCAGCUCCACCAUCGUCAGACCCCCCCAUCAUCACGGAAUCUUCAAUCACUGACCUUUCUUCGCCGGGGGGAGGGGAACUCUCACAUCUGGCUGCUGGGGGGAAGACCGUACACCGACGGGUCAAAUUGCUCAAGGGGGAUGUUGAAGUGCCUGGCGAGCCUCCGGUAAAUCAGAUGUUGGGUGAAAAAUUCACCUCCUUGAUAGAAAGAAUCGCCCCUCUCGGCUAGUUACAUCUUCCCGGGGCCUUCAACCCAGGCGUCAACGCUUUUCUCCACCACCGAGGAAACCCAGUCCUUCCUCCCCUCAGCGGUCCAGCCCUCGGUGACAAAGUUCUCGACUGCAGACUUCUCGGCAGCAGCCACCGCUUCGGCCUUGGCCCUCUCUGCCUCCUCGGCAGCUUUCUUCACGGCCUCGGCAGCGACCCUUUCAGCUUCGGCCUUGGCCUCCUCCACUGCAGAUUUCAGUCUCUGCUCAGUGCCCUCAGAAGCCUGCCAGAGGAUCUCCU